AGAGAAAGGGAAAGGAAAAGGGGAAAGAAAGAGGGGCAGAGGAGGGAAGGCGACUGCAGUCCGAAAGGAGCUUUUGGAAGCUAGGACCCUAAGCGUCAGGACUGGCAUUGGUCGAGAGAAAGCCUGGGCUGGCAAGAGCUGCCGCCGGCGCUGGGAGAGCAUUUAUUUGGGAGAAAAAGAGGGGAGAGAGCAGAGGGAGGGGGAGGAAGAGAGUUCAAACCGAAGUGGAUGGAAGGGGACUGGGGUUUCUGCCGCGCAGGGAGCCGUGAGCCAGGGCGAUGGCGCUAAGGACGGCGCGGAGCAGCUGCGCUCCCGAGAACGCGUCUCCUCGCAGAGGACUAGCAGGCAUCGGGAAGGUCUGCGCCAACGGGAACCAACUUGUGGCUCCAAAAUGUACCCAACGCAGCUGGAAAUGAGAUCAAAGCUGCAGUUGCAUUUGAGAAGGAUGAGAAGAGCCAGCGAUUAGGGAUUUUUUUUUUUUACCCCUUUUCUUCCUUUUUCUUUUUUUCUUUCUUUUUUCGUGUGUGUGUGUUUUUUUAAUUUGCCUACCACCCUGUCUGUCCCCUCACUUCGCCAUCCCCAUUUGAAAUAAAAGCCCCAGUCUCAACUUCCGUCACCUCGGCGCUCCCGGAGCCACUGCCGGCUGAUGGAGGAGAAGGGGACCCGGGGGCUGGCAGGGGCCACCGGCGAGGGACCGCAUCCUGCGUCUCCCCCGUGAUCCCGGCCCCGACCGCGGAGUUCUGCAACACCUGGAGGAUCUGGACCGGGUGCUGGGGGUGGGGGCGGGGACAGAGGAAGGAAAGGCACCCCGAGCCUUAAAAAGGAAAAAAAAAAAAAGUAGUUGGGGGAGGAAUGGGUUUCUUCUUGACAGCUGACGGAGCCUUGAAAUUUUCCUCCACUACCUCCGCCCCCGCCCCCGCCCCCGCCCCCCGCACUCCAUUUAACGUGAGAUUAUGAAAUUGCAGAGGCGGUGGAGGGAAGGAGACAGGAUAUAACCGGAGUUUGGAGGGGAGAGGGGAAGGUGGCUGGCCGGGUGGCUGAAAUCAAAAAUUCAAUUGCGCACUGGGUUGUGAUGAGAAAUCUAAUCAGAUCUUUGGCGAAGGGGCCGGCCGGAAGGAUGGAGAGUGGGGGGGAAGUUGCUCCCCAAAUUCUUCGAAGGGGAGGCUGGGGAGAGGAAUUGACCAUGUAAAAGGAGACUUUUUUUUUGGUGGUGGUGGCUGUUGGGUGCCUUGCAAAAAUGAAGGAUGCGGGACGCAGCUCUCUCCUGGAACCGAACGCAGUGGAUAAACUGAUUGUGCAAGAGAGAAGGAAGAACGAAGCUUUUUCUUGUGAGCCCUGGAUCUUAACACAAAUGUGUAUAUGUGCACACAGGGAGCAUUCAAGAAUGAAAUAAACCAGAGUUAGACCCGCGGGGGUUGGUGUGUUCUGACAUAAAUAAAUAAUCUUAAAGCAGCUGUUCCCCUCCCCCCCCAAAAAAAGGAUGAUUGGAAAUGAAGAACCGAGGAUUCACAAAGAAAAAAGUAUGUUCAUUUUUCUCUAUAAAGGAGAAAGUGAGCCAAGGAGAUAUUUUUGGAAUGAAAAGUUUGGGGCUUUUUUAGCAAAGUAAAGAACCGGUGUGGUGGUGUUUUCUUUUCUUUUUGAAUUUCCCACAAGAGGAGAGGAAAUUAAUAAUACAUCUGCAAAGAAAUUUCAGAGAAGAAAAGUUGACCGCGGCAGAAUGAGGCAUUGAUUGGGGGAGAGAAACCAGCAGAGCACAGUUGGAUUUGUGCCUAUGUUGACUAAAAUUGACGGAUAAUUGCAGUUGGAUUUUUCUUCAUCAACCUCCUUUUUUUAAAUUUUUAUUCCUUUUGGUAUCAAGAUCAUGCGUUUUCUCUUAUUCUUAACCACCUGGAUUUCCAUCUGGAUGUUGCUGUGAUCAGUCUGAAAUACAAUUGGCAAACGCACUGCCUAUUUACAGCAUAGAGACCCCCAGUGGAGAGCUAGUUUAGAAACAGCCUCAUGUUCCCUGCUUGACUCGAGAGAUGACUUUCCUUGGGAUUCACUUAUCUUACUGUUUGAAUUCCAGAAGGACCAACACCAGAUAAAUUAUGAAUGUUGAACAAGAUGACCUUACAUCCACAGCAGAUAAUGAUAGGUCCUAGGUUUAACAGGGCCCUAUUUGACCCCCUGCUUGUGGUGCUGCUGGCUCUUCAACUUCUUGUGGUGGCUGGUCUGGUGCGGGCUCAGACCUGCCCUUCUGUGUGCUCCUGCAGCAACCAGUUCAGCAAGGUGAUUUGUGUUCGGAAAAACCUGCGUGAGGUUCCGGAUGGCAUCUCUACCAACACACGGCUGCUGAACCUCCAUGAGAACCAAAUCCAGAUCAUCAAAGUGAACAGCUUCAAGCACUUGAGGCACUUGGAAAUCCUACAGUUGAGUAGGAACCAUAUCAGAACCAUUGAAAUUGGGGCUUUCAAUGGUCUGGCGAACCUCAACACUCUGGAACUCUUUGACAAUCGUCUUACUACCAUCCCGAAUGGAGCUUUUGUAUACUUGUCUAAACUGAAGGAGCUCUGGUUGCGAAACAACCCCAUUGAAAGCAUCCCUUCUUAUGCUUUUAACAGAAUUCCUUCUUUGCGCCGACUAGACUUAGGGGAAUUGAAAAGACUUUCAUACAUCUCAGAAGGUGCCUUUGAAGGUCUGUCCAACUUGAGGUAUUUGAACCUUGCCAUGUGCAACCUUCGGGAAAUCCCUAACCUCACACCGCUCAUAAAACUAGAUGAGCUGGAUCUUUCUGGGAAUCAUUUAUCUGCCAUCAGGCCUGGCUCUUUCCAGGGUUUGAUGCACCUUCAAAAACUGUGGAUGAUACAGUCCCAGAUUCAAGUGAUUGAACGGAAUGCCUUUGACAACCUUCAGUCACUAGUGGAGAUCAACCUGGCACACAAUAAUCUAACAUUACUGCCUCAUGACCUCUUCACUCCCUUGCAUCAUCUAGAGCGGAUACAUUUACAUCACAACCCUUGGAACUGUAACUGUGACAUACUGUGGCUCAGUUGGUGGAUAAAAGACAUGGCCCCCUCCAACACAGCUUGUUGUGCCCGGUGUAACACUCCUCCCAAUCUAAAGGGGAGGUACAUUGGAGAGCUCGACCAGAAUUACUUCACAUGCUAUGCUCCGGUGAUUGUGGAGCCCCCUGCAGACCUCAAUGUCACUGAAGGCAUGGCAGCUGAGCUGAAAUGUCGGGCCUCCACAUCCCUGACAUCUGUAUCUUGGAUUACUCCAAAUGGAACAGUCAUGACACAUGGGGCGUACAAAGUGCGGAUAGCUGUGCUCAGUGAUGGUACGUUAAAUUUCACAAAUGUAACUGUGCAAGAUACAGGCAUGUACACAUGUAUGGUGAGUAAUUCCGUUGGGAAUACUACUGCUUCAGCCACCCUGAAUGUUACUGCAGCAACCACUACUCCUUUCUCUUACUUUUCAACCGUCACAGUAGAGACUAUGGAACCGUCUCAGGAUGAGGCACGGACCACAGAUAACAAUGUGGGUCCCACUCCAGUGGUCGACUGGGAGACCACCAAUGUGACCACCUCUCUCACACCACAGAGCACAAGGUCGACAGAGAAAACCUUCACCAUCCCAGUGACUGAUAUAAACAGUGGGAUCCCAGGAAUUGAUGAGGUCAUGAAGACUACCAAAAUCAUCAUUGGGUGUUUUGUGGCCAUCACACUCAUGGCUGCAGUGAUGCUGGUCAUUUUCUACAAGAUGAGGAAGCAGCACCAUCGGCAAAACCAUCACGCCCCAACAAGGACUGUUGAAAUUAUUAAUGUGGAUGAUGAGAUUACGGGAGACACACCCAUGGAAAGCCACCUGCCCAUGCCUGCUAUCGAGCAUGAGCACCUAAAUCACUAUAACUCAUACAAAUCUCCCUUCAACCACACAACAACAGUUAACACAAUAAAUUCAAUACACAGUUCAGUGCAUGAACCGUUAUUGAUCCGAAUGAACUCUAAAGACAAUGUACAAGAGACUCAAAUCUAAAACAUUUACAGAGUUACAAAAAACAAUCAAAAAAAAGACAGUUUAUUAAAAAUGACACAAAUGACUGGGCUAAAUCUACUGUUUCAAAAAAGUGUCUUUACAAAAAAACAAAAAAGAAAAGAAAUUUAUUUAUUAAAAAUUCUAUUGUGAUCUAAAGCAGACAAAAUUAUGUGUAUUCCUCAGAACCUGUUUUUGCUGCACUUAUUCACUAUUUUCCCACAUCUCAUUCCUCCCUUCCCUGAUUGCCAUAUUUUUCAUAGCAGAUCUCAAUUCCUUAAAGAACUGGUCUAGGAAAUUUUGUAAGAAUUCUGUUACACUUUGAGAUUUUUAUGGUGAAUUCUAGUGGUGAGAUCCAGUCUAUUUUGUCUCUCUCUCUUUUUUUAAUUUUUUUCUUUUUCCCUCAUACCCAUAUGAAGUAAUCCAAUGGGGAAUGCAAUAUUAGAAAUAGAUUUUUAAGAGAGAACAAGGAAAGAAAUGCAAGAUCUUAUAUUUUUCAUGUAAUGACCUGUUCUGUAUUUAUGAGGAAGACCAUUCUAUGGAAAAGAAAAGAAAGUAAGCAAACAACAGAUUAAUUUACAUAUGAGCAUCUAUAAAACCCAUGACUUUUAAACAACUCUAGAACCAGAAUUUGUAGUUAAAAAGCUAAAAAUAAGAUUAUAAAUAAAAUAUUGUCGGUUUUUCUGUACCUGGACACAACUCAUUUGUAGUAUGGCUCAAAUGUGAGAAACUUGAAGGUAAUUAGAUUUUCUGCUUUCUAAGAAAGAAAAUACGACAGUAUUCUUUAGUCACAAAAUCAAUCUCUACAGGGUCCUGUUUGACUAGUUGACUUGAGUUUUAGAUCUAUGUUUAAGGAUGCUGUAGUAUUUUUUCCUUCUCAUUAGGCUUACCCUUUGUAGAAUGCUCAGGUUCAAAAAUAAUGAUUUUGUGAAGUAAAUUUAAUUCUACUUGAAGGAAAGUUUCAGUAUAAUUUAUUUACUGUCUCCUAAACAUAAUUUCAUUGGCCAGAUGAACUAUAACUGCAAAACAUGAAAGUAUUCUAAAUCAUCUAGAGCUGAAAAAGAAUAUUUGGUGAUGAGUGUUAGCAAAUUCAGUUCAAUUCAAUGAUAAGUAUUGAAGACCUACUGUGUGCAAAAUACAGAUUUUAGUAUUGUGGGUGCACAAUUGACAAGAUCUGGUUCCUGCUCUUGCAUUACUCCCAAUCUAUAUAAAAAUGAUUAAAGAAAUCAUCUCAGUUCA